AUGAUGCAGAAAGCUAAGGUUACUUGGUUGCAAAUGGGAGAUAAUAAUAAUGCAUACUUUCUUGCUUCUGUGAAGGGAAAAAAUAAGCAAAAAGGGUUGUAUAAUAUGGUUUCUCUGAAUGGUGAGUUACUUAGCAAUCAAGAAGAUAUUGAAAAGAAGAUUGUUGACUUUUAUAGCAAGCUGGUAGGUACUAAUUCCUCUAACUUAAAAGGAAUUGAUGUUCCUACUGUGAUAAAAGGUAAGACAUUACCUAAGGAGGAUGCCCAACAGCUUAUCAGCCCUGUUGAUGAUAAUGAAAUUUGGAAGGCCCUUACUAGCAUAUGA